AUGGUCGGCCUUCUUAGCAUCCGUUUGAAAGCCUCCUCCGUCGACAACGACGUCGCAGCAGUUACUGGACGCUACGAGGGCCUACCAUGCAUGCACAAUGGGCACCACGUCUACAUCAACCAGCUGGCUCUGCACCUGUUGGUGUUCUUUCAUGUGGGGCCAUCUGGGCUGUGGUCACUCUGCCGUCCGGGCAAGCCAUUGAGGAGCCUGCGCUGUGCCGCCCUCCAGCGGCACCUGGCCAGCUGCCGCCGGGACGUUGUCGCGACGUAUCGGGUCCAGGAACUCCCCCGGGCCCUUUGGCACGGGGGCUUGGGCCAAAUGGAGGCCCGCACCUUGCCCGGCGGGAGGCAAUUCUUCUUCAACCACAGCGGGGGCUUCGCGCCUAUCUUCACCGAGUUCGCAGAGGACCCGCGGCAUGUGGAAGAGCAGCUGCAGUUGGAUCGCUCAACGGUGCGCCCCCUCGAGACGGCCUUUUUCCCGGCCGAUCUCAGCAUGAAGGUCGACAAGCUCCGUCACCCGCCCAUGAAUCUCUGGACCCUGGGCACUUUCCUUUACCAGCAGGCUUUUGAGGCAGAUCCGAGCAAGUCCUUGUGCUGGGGCGGGGGUUAUUUGCCUCAGCUUUGUUGCUAUGCUCGGCUCCCGAAAGAGCGGCGCACGUGGUGCUUUGGCGAUGGCACUCUUGCGGAUGAGCUCUGGGGCCGCUGCUGCGCCCCCUUCCGGGGUGUCCGGAUCGCCGUGGCUGCGCCGCCCCUUCCCAGCACACCCACCGCGAGCACAGCCGUCCACCGAGUGGUCCACAUCUUCCUGCAGACUUACCACAAGGACAGGUUUGUCCUCCUCCCAUUCCUCAGUUCGGUGGAGCUCUUCUGGCCGAAAGAGUGGAACUCCACCGUGUUCGUGGCCGUCGACGUGGGGCCGGAAGACUCGGAGCUCUGUUCGGAGCUGCAGGGCCGGGCCGAGUGCCUUGUUGUGCCCCCGAUUGAUCGCAAGAAGUCACUUUGGGUGGACUCCAUCGAGUGGAGCGGGAGGGCAGUAAGCCGUCGAUACAAAGAGCAGCUACUUCAGUACCACUACUUGCUCUCGGAUCAGUACAUCGCCCGCACGCAUGGGGUGCCAGACUGGAUCGCAUGGUUCGAUGCAGACGUGAUACUGCACACGCACCGCAUUCCGGACCUUCUGUUCCAGGGAGGGCGGCCGGUGCUUCAUGCGCGCCGUGAACCCGUCUACUCCGUUGGCACGAUGUCAGUUGGAAUGGAUUGGAUUGGUGAGUUCAUGGACACCUAUCCAAUGCUUGUGCGGCCGGCUCACUUACAGAACUUUCGCCUGUUCAUCCAGAGCCGCUUUCAGGAGUCGUCCUUCGAGGUGGCCUACCAGAAGUGGCGCACAUUGGCAGAAGAUGCUGCGCUGCUGCAUGCACGCUAUGCGUGGUACCUGGCAGAAGGGGAGUGUCCGCAGAGCAGCUUGCCGAUUUUCUUGUACAACUAUCAUCGCCAGGAGUACUUUUGGUCGAUGGAGGAUGCAGCCUCUUUCGGACUGCCCGCGGAGGACUCUUGCAUGGCUUUUCGUGUCGCAUCUCACCUCAAGCCUUGGAAAGACAAAGUGAAGAACGGAACGAUGACGGAAGCUGACUACGCCAUGCGAUCCAAGCAGCUGAUGCGCGCGGGUCACAACAAAUGGAAAGUGCUCCGCGUGGCGCUUCUCAGCGCCAACUUCGACCCCGCCUCGACCUGGAGCCAGCAAGCCUCAGCACACUGCCACCAGCGAGACAGAGAGACCAUGCUGCGGGUCUACUAUGACCAAUGGCCCUGA